UGUCGCUGCAUCGUCUCCGCAGAGAAGGUUAUGAAUGAACAACAUGGCAAUGGAUUGAGCGGUAAAAGUCAGUUGCUAUCUAUUCGGGGACUUUUUGUACUUUUUUCUGAGAUUUUCUCCUCCUUUUCGUUCAACGCGGCUACGUCCCACGCAAGGUUGUAGGAGCAUUAAUGGGUGCGGAAAGCACGCCGAAAUCGGACCAAUAACGCUAUUCAUCCUGUAGAUUGACUUCCUUCGAUCUUCUCUGUUCAAAUACUGCAAAGGAUUUUUACAACUGCGCACCUUUUAUAUGGAAUGGUGCUCUUAAACCUUAGCUCAAUUUUGCCCUUUCCUAAACCCUUCGUUUCGAUGCGUCCGCCUCGUAUCGCCACCUUCCGCUUCCGCGCCGCCGCCGACAACACUUUCCCUCGCUCUUGGUUCAAUUUCCCGAACGCCGCCGACGCGGCUGCAGGAAGGAUUGGCAACGCAUCAGCGGAUAAUAUUGGUUCCCGGACUUCCGGCGCGAGUGAUAGCGAUAAGAAUUCGAAAGUCAAUGCUAAGGAGAAGUGGUCCAGGGAUCGCGAGAGCUACCUGACCGACGACGACGACGCAUUGCCGCUUCCCAUGACGUAUCCAAACUCGUCGCCGGUUUCUCCCGACGAAAUUGAGAAGAGGCUCAACUGCGACCCUGAAAUAACGGAUUGCAAGCCUAUGGUUUAUGAAUGGACGGGGAAGUGUCGAAGCUGUCAAGGAACUGGAUUAGUUAGCUACUACAACAAAAAGGGGAAAGAGAUCAUUUGCAAAUGCAUCCCUUGUCUCGGCAUUGGAUAUGUGCAGAAGAUAACAGCUCGUGACGAUAUUGAUGUGAUGGAGGACUUGGACAAUGGAAAGCCACCAUGAUUGCAAAUGACGCGAUUUUCACUCACAUUCAGCUGACUGCCUUUUCCGGCCAUUUGAGGUCCAUUCUAAACCUCCAAUUUUUUUUCCUAAAGGGAUAGAGCAUCACAUACUUUCUUGGCUGCGGAAAAGCAUGACAGUUCAUUCAUACAAGUUAGUUAGAUACCCAAAAUCAAGUGUUGUAAUGUUGCCAUUAAAAGAUCUGAAAAAACAAUACACUGCUGC